CGCCCAAGUCCCUUUGUUCUUCGCACCACCCUAUAGCAGAUAACUCCAAACGAUGCCAAUUCUUGUUUACCGGCUGCUACACAACGAUGAGCAACAUCGUUGUGCGUACGUCCCACUGCUCAUUCCCGUUUUCUAUGGCUUCUAGAUUGCUAUUCGCCCAUACCCACUUCGACUUUCCCUUUUACCAAUAACCGUGUCUCUUUAUUCUCUCUCUCUCUCUCUCUAUCUUUCGCUCUCAUCUCUGCGCAGUUUCUUUCUUGUACUGGGUCGUCCCCCCUCGAGCCUUGACUCUUGACCCAGAAGCCACCCUAAAGAUGGAAGCUUGCGAAGGGCGCUGCGGGACUGAUCGUGCCGAGUCUCCCGACCCAAGAAGCUCCUCUUCUUUUCGCAGAAGCUGAUCGAAGGAAUUUUGCUGACUUGGCUGCUGAGCAGGUACAGCUCACGGUGUUGUUUUUGGCUGCUGAAAGAAAAGGAAAGGAGGGAUUCUGCAGCAUAUCUUCCCUUCAAGAUGUGUGAUCUGUUUCAAGUCCAAAAGCUGUUGCAGGAUGAAUCAACCUGAUUUAAUUAUCAUUGGCGUCUCUGUUGGUCUUGCUCUUGGCAUUUUGAUAGCUUUGCUCGUAUUCUUCAGCGUGAGAUGGUACAAGAAACAUGCUCAUCUUCGACGAUGUGCGAAUGAGCGUAGUUUAACCACCCUUCCCAUACGCAUGAAUGGAUUAGGCACGAGCACCGACUUCAGUGCGUCAUUGUCAACCUCAAUAGCUAAUGGGGCAUCUGAUAACCACCGGAAGAAUUCUCCUUUUAACUGGCGGAGCCACCAGAACAAAGAAUGGCUUGCAUCUGCAUCAGGCAUACCCAGAUAUUCUUACAAGGACAUACAAAAAGCUACACAAAUCUUCACUACUGUCCUAGGACAAGGUUCCUUUGGUCCUGUAUAUAAAGCUGCGAUGGCAGCUGGGGAAAUCGUAGCUGUCAAAGUGCUUGCCUCUGAUUCAAAACAGGGUGAAAAGGAGUUUCAAACAGAGGUGUCUCUGCUUGGUAGAUUACAUCAUAGAAAUCUUGUAAAUUUGGUGGGCUAUUGCAUAGAUAAGGGGCAGCACAUGUUGAUUUAUGAGUUCAUGAGUAAUGGAAGUCUGGCAAAUCUUCUUUACAAUGAAAAGGAAAGGGUUUUGAAUUGGGAAGAAAGGCUUCAAAUUGCUCUUGACAUAUCGCAUGGAAUUGAAUACCUUCAUGAAGGGGCAGUCCCACCUGUCAUACAUCGUGACCUAAAAUCUGCAAACAUAUUGCUAGACCGAACCAUGAGAGCGAAGGUGGCUGAUUUUGGUCUAUCUAAGGAAGAGGUAUUUGAUGGACGAAAUUCUGGCCUGAAAGGUACAUACGGCUACAUUGACCCAACAUACAUAUCCACGAACCAAUUCACUAUGAAGAGUGACAUAUACAGCUUUGGUGUUAUCAUCUUCGAACUCAUUACAGCAAUUCACCCCCACCAAAACUUGAUGGAAUAUGUCAAUCUCGCUUCGAUGAGUGCAGAUGGUGUUGAUGAAAUACUCGAUAAGCGACUAGUUGGGGAAUGCAAUCCCGACGAAGUGCGACAACUAGCUAACAUUGGUCACAGAUGUCUGCACAAAUUACCGAGGAAACGGCCUUCAAUAGGGGAAGUUUCGCAGGCUAUAUUGAAGAUAAAGCAGAGGCGCCUUAUUAAAAAUGAUGAAGCGUCUUUUGCAAGAUCUGAUAUUUCGAGAGCUGUAAGCUUAAUAGAGGACCAGCAGGUGGAGCUGAGUAAUAUGGCCAGCAUGAAGGAGAGAGAGUGAACUAUAGCUUGUUUUUCUCCCCUCCUGGUUCAUCACUUCUUUUCUUCCUUCCUUCCUUUGUUUUUCCUUUUCUUCUCUGUUUUUUUUGCCCCUUCAAUUUUGGGGUUUCUCCUAGCAUCCUCAUCUGGUCUUAUUUUCAGCGAGCUUCGCCAUAGUGUAGAGAACGAAGGAUGUCGGUAGGUAGAUGCGGAUGAGCCUUUUUACUAGAUGCAGUUAUCAAAACGAGCGGUGUAGAUGAAAACCCGUGAUGUUCAAGUGAGCUCAACAGUCUAGUUCUUGCAAGGGAUACUACUUUUGCUGAGUCCCGUGGUGGCAGGGCUCAAGAAACGGUUCCUCUUCUCCUUCUGUGCACGUCUAGUUCCUUGUCUGAGAUCAAAGUUUUGCCCC